AACAGAGAAGGUUAAGAAAUAUACAUGUUGAGGUAGCAACAGAGAAACCCUAAAUUGAAGAGAAGAGUGAAGAUUGAGAGUUAGGGUUUAAGCGAAAUCAGAUCAGAGAAGAAGGCAUCAUCAUGUUUCCAGGAAUGUUCAUGCGCAAGCCAGACAAAGCUGCAGCACUGAAGCAGCUGAAAUCUCACGCGGCCAUGUUCGGGGCAUGGGUUGUUGUUAUUCGAGUCACCCCUUACGUUCUUCACUUUCUCAGCACCGAGAAAGAGGAACUUAAGCUCGAGCUUUAGCUUCUCACUCUUCCUCGGCAGAGGUUUUGCAUCUUCAUUGUCAAUCUGGUGGUUUCCAUGGUUGAUAUCUUACUGAAUAAAUUUUGACAUUCGAAUGAUAAAAUAGUACUAUUGGUUUAUUAGAAUAUGGUUAGAUUAUAUGAUGAGUGGAAUUUUGGUGAUGAGGAGUGAGCUUUUAGUCUGUUUUUACUGUGCAUCCCUCUGUUUUUCAUUCCAUAAGACAAUCAAGAGAGUUGAAAACUACAGAUUGGAUUUAGAUUUAACAAUAAGGAAGAAGAAUAUCCUUUUUGAUUGGAUUUAUAUGGUUGUUAAGCAUUGAUCAUUAAUCAAUAUGACUUCUAAAAUUGACUUUUCCAAACUUGAGUAAGUGAUUGCAUUUUUGUUAGUAUAUAAGAUAAGAAGAUGCCAUAACAUAAACAGGGAAUUUGAAGGCUGGUAGUUCUGUCUUAUUAAUAGUAGUUAAUCGUGCCCUGGAGUGGCGUGGAGUGACUGUUUGCCUCUAUCUGGAGCAUGUUGUGUCUCAGUUUAGUGUUGUGUCUGGAGCGGGGUGAAUCGCGGUCAUUCUUGGCCACCACUGGCUCAGAUACAAACCCCCCUUAUUUCCCCCUCUUUUCACCCCUCGAACGAUGCUUGUGCUGUUUAAGUGGGGGCCAAUCUUUGGGAUUUCACCCUUUUUACUUUAUCUGACCCUAUUUUCCACUCACAUGCCUUUGGAGGGAUAAAUGACAUUGAUCUCUUCUCUUCUCUUUUCGAUGCAAACCUUCUGACCCAGGGCUCCGAACUGUGUUUCUGGCCAACCAUUGUACUGUGAUGGAGUUUCUGGUCAACCCACGGCACUCCUGUGGAGUUUACAGCUAAUUUGCAAACUGAAAGUCUGAAACAUUGUUCUCUUGUCUCUUGCUGUUCAUAUCCUUUGGGGGGUAUUCAGUUCAUGUCAAAUAGGGGUCUUAUGUUUUGUUCUAUAUUCUUUCUCUCAUGUACUUUUUUUUUCCUAUUAUAUUACUGGACUCUUGCUGUUAGUAAGCAUCUAUAUAUGUGUGUGUAUGAUAUUAAUUAUUUAAUAUAAUUAAAAAAUAUUAAAAUAA